AUGAAGGCAGACACCUUGGGCGUGGAGUGUGCGAGCGACGGCGACGGCGACGGUCUGGAGAUUGCGGUGGACGUCCUUGGGGAUUGGCUCUCCAAGAUGGAAUUGACCGAUGAGAACUUCCUCCGAGCCGCCCCAGCACAUCACGUGGUGGCCUGUGGUGGCCGCAGAUUGAAAGGGAAGGCUCGGACAGACUACUCACACAGCCGGGCAGUGAAGGAGAUCGGUAAAUUCAUCUCCCAUAGCUGGCAAGCAUCAGCGGGGUCAAAGUACUGGACUUUGCUAAUUUUUUACAACGGUGCAGCGGCAGUGGUGUUGGGAACCUUGGUCGCGACCGCUGCGAUGAUCUUCUACAAGUUUGAUUUCCUACCAGGUUGGAUGAGAGAGUCGCCGGAUCGUCCAGAGCCAAGAUAUUUGGGUCCAUGGUGCUUGACCCUUGGGACCCUCACACUUCUGCUGGUGCUCCUUCUUCGACGCCCGCAAGAUCAAGUCUUUUUUUGA